CCCCUCCGAUUCCGAAUUCGAUCACGAACCUAACACAAGGGGAGGGAAAAAAAAAACGGAAAGCCCCAAACAAGAAUCCCCGGAAAAGCUACGGUGGGGUUGUCUGAAUCGAUUGGAGAUCUGGAUUUGGGGCUUUCUUCUUGUCUUCGCUUUGGAUUCGGGAAGGAAAGAUGGCGGCGAGGUUCUCCGGCUCCGGGGGACGGGUCGUCGUGCUUCAUCUCCUCGUCCAUUUGCUCUCUUCCUUCCAACCCCAGCUCGUCUUCGGCCAAGAAAGCCAACAUGGUGAUGCUGUUAGUUUAUUGAAAAGAGCCUCUGGCAUGAUAAAGUUGAACCAGUAUGAUGAUGCACUUGGACUUCUCAAUGCUGCAAUAGAAGCAAAUCCAAAUCUUUCAGAAGCUUAUUCACAGCGUGCAUCUGUUCUUCAUCAUCUAUGCAGAUUUGAGGAAUCUGAGAAAAACUAUAAAAAAUUUCUAGAGCUAAAACCUGGGAUAUCUUCAGUGGAGAAGGAGCUCUCCCAGUUAUUGCAGGCUCAAAGUGCAUUGGACUCCGCAAAUAAUCAUUUUGACUCUGGUGAUUUCUCAAGAGCUUUGGAUUACAUCGAUAAAAUUGUUCUUGUCUUUUCUUCAGGAUGUUUAAAGGCAAAAAUUCUUAAGGUGAAAUUGCUGUUGGCACUGAAAGACUACUCCAGUGCUAUUUCAGAGACAGGAUACAUACUUAAACAAGAGGAAGAUAAUUUGGAGGCACUACUGCUUCGUGGCCGUGCUUAUUAUUAUCUCUCAGAUCAUGAUGUUGCUUCAAGGCACUUUCAGAAGGGACUCCGUCUAGAUCCAGAACAUAGUGAACUGAAGAAAGCAUAUUUUGGGUUAAAAAAUCUCCUAAAGAAGACCAAGAGUGCUGAAGACAAUGCUGCAAAGGGUAAGCUACGAUUGGCUGUUGAGGACUUCAAGGCUGCCCUUGCAAUGGACCCGAGUCAUAGUGCUCAUAAUGUACAUCUUCACCUUGGUUUAUGUAAGGUCUUGGUUAAACUUGGCAGAGGAAAAGAUGCUAUCAACAGUUGCACAGAAGCGCUUGAGAUUGAUGAAGAGCUUGUUGAAGCAUUGGCCCAGCGAGGUGAGGCUAAACUUAUAACAGAAGAUUGGGAGGGAGCUGUGGAAGAUCUGAAAAUAGCCGCUCAAAAAUCUCCACAGGAUAUGAAUAUUCGAGAAGCACUUAUGAGGGCUGAAAAAUCACUGAAGUUAAGCAAACGCAAGGACUGGUACAAAAUCCUGGGGGUUUCAAGAACUGCUUCUAUUGCAGAGAUUAAACGUGCCUACAAGAAACUUGCUUUGCAGUGGCAUCCAGAUAAGAAUGUUGACAACAGAGAGGAAGCCGAGGCCAAGUUUCGAGAAAUUGCUGCAGCAUAUGAGGUACUUGGUGAUGAAGAUAAACGUACAAGAUAUGACCGAGGUGAGGAUGUGGAUGACAUGGGUAUGGGAAUGGGUGGUGGAGGUUUUAACCCUUUUGGUGGUGGAGGACAACAAUUCACUUUUCACUUCCAAGGAGGAUUCCCAGGUGGAGGAUUCCCUGGGGGUGGUUUCCCUGGAGGAUUUGGGUUCAAUUUUUGAUGACACCUGUGUUAUUUCAUUCUUAGUUACACAGAUGUUCGCUGACCCGUAGGAGUGCUUUAGAAGUCGGAGUUUGAGCAACGAAAAGAAUUGAGAAAGGUAGUUUAUCACAUUAGGUGCCAACUGCUAACAGGUAUCAGAUUUUGGAUGAAAAAAACCUAAGUGAGACUCGUAAGAAAUUAGAUGGAAAAUGCAGGUUUUCUUGAAAGUUUUCAAGAAAUUUUUUUUUAAGUCAUACUCAGCCGGUGUUGCAAAUCCUUGUGCGCAAAAUGUAAGUUGUUUACAUUGUAUUGAUUUUUUUUUAAAAAAAAUUAUGGGAAGAAAGACACUUUGCCAUAAUUACUUUC